CGUCUGCGUUUCAUUCACAGGCUGCGACUGAAGAUGAAACAACAACAACAACAACAACAACAACAAAACAACAUGACUUCAGACAAAGUGUCGCACAGCAGGAGGGUGGAGGUGACGGAGCUGGAGCAGUUUUUGACCGAGCCUCCGGCUGGUUUCUCCGUGGAGCCUCUCAGCGGAGCCGGUUAUCGUGUCCACAGUGACCCGGAGAGGAACCUGGUCCUCAUCGAUGACUGUCAGUCCUGCAGAGGGACCGUUGUUUUCCACAAGUCACCGGGAAGGAGCGUUAAGAUGCAGAACUUGUGGGAGUACACCAGCACGAGGAAGAGCCUGUUGUCUAAGUGGAUCUACGUGCUGACGUCCGCCUGCGACAAGAAGUCGACCGAUGAGUUCACAGUGCUGAAGCAAUAUGUGGUGGCCAUUGACGGCAGCGAUCCUCUGAUCAAGUGGCAGAUGGAGCGAGGCCUGGACUGGACCAUCUCGUCUGUGGCCGGGGAAAGCUACAGGGUGGAUAUCGACUUGACUGAAGCCGUGGAGAGCUGGGCAGCAAAAAACAUCAACGUCAACACGGACGAUCUGAUGCAAGUUGAACCCGUGUGGAGAGACGUCUCCUUCACCCUCAAAUACUACUCUGACGCCCUCUUUGAUUUCCCACACUGGUUCGGCUUCAGCAAGAGAACCUUUAAGCUGAGACUGACGUGAGGAAAAAAAACCUGGAAACUGGAUCUGCUUCCUCGAGGGAAAAAAGUGGAGCAGUGGAGGAGUUUCCUGAUGAUCGAGAGACAAAAUGGUUUUGAUACCAACGUGACACGUCGGUGAAGGACCGACCGUCUUCUGGAGAAGAUGCUGGACAUCUUCUUGUGCUCAGUGGAUGGAAACUACUGACAGUGACAAAGGAGGGAUGUCACAAUGACAUGAAGAUGAAUUUUAAUGAGGUGGAAGUAGGUUUUUUUUGUGUGUACUUUUUAAAAUGUGUAAUGUCUAUGUUUUAAAUCACAUCUUUUACUGAGUAAAAAAAAGAAUGUCGGCUUUAAUUAAAAUAAAUAAUAAAUAAAAUAAAAUUCACACAGUGGAAACUUUGGCAGUGAAUGAUGAGGUCUGAGUGUUUUUAAGGAAUUAAAGCAAGUUUCUUGAUUGUUUCAGCUACUUAAAUGUGAACCUUUUCUGGUUUCUUUGCUCCGUAUAAUAAAGAAAUCAUUCAAACUGAA